AUGACUGACUACUCGUCAUGGAAGGUGCCUGAGUUAAAGGCCGAGCUCAAGAGACGUGCCGUCCCUCAGACUGGGCUUCGUCUUAAACAGCAGUUCAUUGACAAAUUACUUGAGCUUGACUCACAGACAGACCAGGGCGAGAACGGCGAGACUGCAGCUCCAGAAGAAACGACGGACGAACAGCCUUCUGCGCCGGAACCUGCGGCGCAAGCACCAGAGCCCGAGGCAGAGCAACCACAGAUUGAACAGCCCAAACAGCCCGAACAGCCCGAACAGCCCGAGGAACUGAAGGAUCCGAUCGCAGAAGAAAAAGACACACAAGCUUCAAUCGCUGUAUCUGACAAGGCCUAUGAAGAAACGAAAGGAGACCCGUUGGCACAGGCAGUGAUCCCAGCCGAGUCGCAAAAAGUCGAACAUGUCGCAAAGCCGGCAGAGGAGGUACACACAGAAAAACCCCUCUCCCCCAGCGGUGCUCAGAAGUCUCCGGUUGCCUCCCAGCAGAUGGAGGUGAAUGAACCAACCCAGGUGCCCCAGGACGCAAGCAAAGAAGGCUCUGCGAAGUCCGAAGAAAAGUCAACUCUGUCAGCUCCCCAAACAUCUGGAGCCAACACUGGAGUAUCGACCCCUCUUCCCACCGAAGAGGCUUUGGAGGAUACCCGCAAACGCAAGCGGCGCAGCCAGAGCCCUGCUCCUUCACAAGAAGAAAUUGCGAACCGAAAGGCUCGUGCAAUGGAGGAAGCCCCGCGUGUCUUAAUGACAGAAGAAAAGGAGACUGUGGGUCGUGAUGAAGUUAAGCCGCCGUCAGAUCGUGACACAAAACAACCCACCGAGGCCUCUGCGGAUGCGCAAACACCCCACAACAAGCCAAGCGCUCGCUUCCGUGAUCUAUUUGCACCCUCUGAUGCAGCUCUUCCACCCGCCUCCGGCUCCGAAGACGUUAAGAUGGAAGAUGUUGAUGUGGAACCUGCAAGGCACGCUGCUACCGCUGCCCUCUACAUUGAAGGCUUGAUGCGCCCACUGCAACCAGUCGCACUCCGCAAACAUCUGGCCAGUCUUGCAUCUGCCCCGGGACUCCCCGGCUCUGAUACCAUCAUUGAUUUCUACCUUGACUCCAUCAAAACCCAUUGCUUUGUCAGUUUCACCAGCGUUGCCGCAGCCUCGCGGGUCCGGUCUGCUGUUCAUGGAACUGUAUGGCCAAACGAGCGCAACCGCAAAAGCCUCUGGGCAGACUUCAUCCCGCACGAUAAAAUCAAAGAAUGGAUACAGACCGAGGAGGCAUCCCGGGAUCGCGCCGGUCCUGCCCCACGCUGGGAAGUCACAUACGAAACAACUGAUAAUGGAACCACAGCCACCCUGGCCGAGGCGGGCUCGAAGCAGCGCCCCGCCCCUACUCAGCGGGACCCGGGUUUCAAUCGUACUCCUCCAUUGGGUCCGCGCAGUAGUAUGCCACAUAUCGACCGUCGUCCUUCCGAUGCGCCUCCCGCACCCUCAGAACGCCCCGGACAAGGCUUCAAGCCCCUGGACGAAAGAUUUAAGUCGACUACUGCGAAGCCUAAGCUCUACUACCUACCUGUCCCCCGCCCCAUUGCCGACAAGCGCCUGGACCAAUUUGAUGACCUCAUCGAGAAAGGAACGUUCCCCCGCCGUGGCGGUGAUGAAAUGCGCCGCAUUACAUUUGAAGACGAAGAUCGCUUUGUGGAUAUCGGCCCGGAAAGAUUUGGUGCACCUGGCCCUCGACCUGGCAUGGGACGUGGUCGCGGACGCGGCGGACGACGUGGGGAUUCCUGGCGUGCCUGA